GAUAGAGAGCACAAGUAGGCAGAGAGAGAGGGAGAAGCAGACUCUCCACUGAGCAGGGAGCCUGACGCGGGGCUCGAUCCCAGGACCCCGGGAUCAUGACCCGAGCCGAAGGCAGCCGCUUAACUGACUGAGCCACCCAGGCGCCCUGGGACUUUGAAUACCCUUCUGCCCCCCUGCCUCUUGUCAGCUCCUGAGGGAUUCUGAUAAGGUAUUUUAUCUCCUGUGAUUUAUACAGAACGUACACUUGCUGUUAAUCCCGCCGAACACAGAUUAUUCUGAGGGCUGGAACAGGUAGGACAGUGAUUGACCCCAAGCUCUGAGAGGGUGGGCCCUUUACACCCUUCGUAUCGGGGUGGAUGUUGCAGCGAGGCUUCUGGGCGGCUGCAGCGCAGGCUGCCUUAGUGUUUGUGCUUUAGGACCCUGAGUGGCUUUGAUAUGGCAGUUCGGUCCCUUCUAGGUGAGCUGGGGAACAAUUUGCCACACUUUUCGUGUCCACUUUGGCCUCUGGCAGUUGGUUUUCCUGCCCAUUUUGUUUGUUCUUAAUUCCUUGCAUAUGGGUAUGUAAAAGAAGCAGGCAGUGCAGAGGAGGGUGAACUCUCGGCGGGGGUGAAGUGUAGCAUAUUGGCAAUCUGUCCAUCUGUCCUCUUAACGCCAAGCGGUGACCAGAUUUGCCUGAUUCUCAUGCAUGGAUGGCAUCAGGGCCAGAGACCAGAACAGGGAGAUCUUGGGAGGUUCACAUCCCAUCCCCCCCUUCAAAUCUCAAGUAUCCCAUUACUGGAGAAGAGUGGUAGAUGGGGCCUCAUAAGGUGCAGAGGGAAGGGAACUAACUAGGUUAACUGCCUGUGGGCCAUGUUUCAAGUACUGAGCCAGGCCUUUUAUGUGCAUGGUGUCAUUGGAUGUUAACCAAGAGUUGGUUAGGAUUGUUACCUGCAUCUCAGAGAAGAGAAAAACAAGGUUCAGAGAGGUUGAUGACACUUGCCCAAGAUGGUAAGUGGCAGAGCUAGGAUCUGAGAUUCCAGCCAGGCCUGUGUGACUCCCUGGCUGCCCACCAAGAGCAAGGAUUUCUCUAACAUCUGGAAGGACGUGGAGGUGGGGUGCGCGGGGGGGGGGGGGGGCGGGGGGUGCGCGGGGGCGGGGCGUAACAGCUGGAGGGGCAGCAAAUGGGUCCUACCUGAAACUUGAUCAUCACCAGGCCCUGCAAAGUCCUGGUUAUACAGAUGCCACCUGGCUUCUCUUCUGUUUUGAAAACUGAAAAUUCUCUGGCUGAUGUACCAGGGUCAUCCUGGUCGCACUCCGCGGUACUGGAGUGGAUGAAGUGCCCCACAGACACUCCUUCCAGCAGUGUCCUUCCACGCCAUUCUGGCUCCGGUGUCUGCGCGUAGGGCCGUCAUAGAGUGCCUUCCUCCUCCUUAGGUCGCCAGUUUACUGCACCUCUCUCGUUUCCAAAGUUGUACCCCCUGGGGCAUGCACCCCGCCCGCAUUUCUGGAGGUUCCGGCGGCUCCGGGUCACUGUGGGAACCUCCGGGUGUGUUAAGAGGCACUGCCGGUCCCCAAAGUCCGAGCAUCUUUGGGGCCAUUCGCCAAGCCCCUGCCCCAGCGCUCCCGGCGACGCGCCGCAGUGCCCCCUCCGCCGCCAGGGGCCGCCCGGAAGCGGGGCUCCUGGAGCGCGGGGCGGGGAAAGGGGCGGGGCGGGGCGCGGCGGUACCUGGGCCGCCGAGGAUCCGGGGGUGGGCUCUCCGGGGACAGCCGGCGGCCCCCCCAGAUCCGCAUCGCCAGCCGCCGGGAAGCUCGGGGCUCCGGGCGUAGAAGCUGCGCUGUCACAUGGGCGGCGGCGACGGGGCCGCAUUUAAGCGGCCGGGGGACGGCGCCCGCCUCCAGCGCGUCCUCGGGCUUGGCUCCCGCCGGGCGCCCCGCUCUCUGCCCGCCGGGGGCCCCGCGCCGCGCCGCACCGCGCCGCCCCCGCCGGGCCAUGCGAGCGCGGGCCCCGCCGCGAUGAGCUCGCACAUCGCCAAAAGCGAGUCCAAGACGUCGCUGCUGAAGGCGGCGGCGGCGAGCGGGGGCAGCCGGGUUCCCCGCCACGGCCCUGCCCGGGAGCCAGGGCUGCCUGGCCGCCGACUGCCCGGCACCGGCCCCGGCACGCCGCCGCCGUCCGGGGACCCCAGUUCGCGGAGGCCCCUGUGCCGGCCGGCGCCGCGAGAGGAGGGCGCGCAGGGGAGCAGGCGCGGGCUCCCCCAGGCGCACUGCAGGCCCCGGGAGGCUCUGCCGGCCGCGGCGUCCCGACCUUCGCCGCCGUCGCCGCUGCCGCCGGCCCGCGGGCGGGAUGGGGAGGAACGGGGGCUGUCCCCGGCGCUCGGCCUCCGGGGCUCGCUGCGAGCCCCGGGUCGUGGGGACUCCGCUCCAGCCGCCGCGUCCGAGGCAGACCCGUUCCUCCACCAGCUGCGCCCCAUGCUCAGCUCCGCCUUCGGCCAGGACAGAUCGCUGCGGCCAGAGGAGAUUGAAGAGCUCCGAGAGGCCUUCCGAGAAUUUGACAAGGACAAGGAUGGCUACAUCAACUGUCGGGACCUGGGCAACUGCAUGCGUACCAUGGGCUACAUGCCCACCGAGAUGGAGCUCAUUGAGCUGUCCCAGCAGAUCAACAUGAACCUGGGUGGCCAUGUGGAUUUUGAUGACUUCGUAGAGCUAAUGGGACCUAAACUCCUGGCAGAAACAGCAGAUAUGAUCGGAGUGAAGGAACUGCGAGAUGCUUUCCGAGAGUUUGACACCAAUGGUGAUGGGGAGAUAAGCACCAGUGAGCUACGAGAGGCCAUGAGGAAACUCCUGGGUCAUCAGGUGGGACACCGAGACAUAGAGGAAAUUAUCCGAGAUGUGGACCUCAAUGGGGAUGGACGAGUAGACUUUGAAGAGUUUGUCCGGAUGAUGUCCCGCUGAGGCCGCCAGGGCCCCUCCAGGACUGCCAAGCUCCCGGGCGGGAGAAGAGGAGCCCGAGUGCGCCUCACCCCGCCGCAGCCGCCGAGAGCCCAGGAUGGACUGGCGGACGGGGCCUGCCUGCACCCCGGGGAGGUGCCCACCCCGGACCCCCACCCCUCCGCACUGUGAAAGACUCACAACUCCUGCAACUGGAAAGGGGGGGCGCCCGCCGCCGCCGAGGCCACCGUGCCAAGCCGGCAGAGGUGACGCCGGGCGCCAAGUGCCACGGACCCAGCCGCUGCUGGCGGGGUGGGCCAGGGAGCCCGGCCGGCAGCCCCCACACAGCAUGUCCGCCCCGGGGCAAAGCCUCUCGCCGCCCUCCUUCGCUCUGUGCCCGUCCCAGCUCGCCACAGCCCUGUUCUCUCGGAACCAAUAAACGUAUUUCCCAGGCAAGGGCAGCUGUGGGGGUCUUUUGCUUCUUGGGCCCGGUCAGAUGACGUGCAUUUCCCGAGUACCGACUGCACGCCCGGAGCUGGCCCAACAGUCCUGCGUUCAGCAUGCAUUUAUUGAGCACCGUUAGGGACCCGCUGUCAUCUCAAAAGCCAGCAUCUUGUACCUCUAACUGGAGGGGAGCCUGGGGGAGAUAGUGAUCUGGCUGGGUACCCAGCUGCCCCAAACAAAGUCAGGCUCUGUAAGAAAAGGAGAAUAGGUACUGGGUGAGCAUCCAGCAGGGUCUGCCCACUUCCUCUCUUCCUGGAGCUUCCAGCCUGGC